CUCCGGCAGCUGAGUGUGUUUGAGUUCCUGGUUCUCUCCAUCGGCAUCAUCUGCAUGAAUAAGCUGACAAAAGUAAUAAAACAAAAGCAGAUGAAUAAUUAACACGCACUUGACACUGAUUCAUUGCUGUUCAGCUGUCAAUAAACACCUGUUCAUCCUAUAAAUGAAUGGUUUCCUGCUGCACACGGCUCACCCUUCUCUUGACAAAACUAAUAAUAUAUAAAAUAUUACUUAUGCAGGUUAGAGUCAGACUCAGAGAGAUCUUCACAACAGUUAGCAGUGUGUUUUACUCGUCUGUCUAAGUAGUGGUGGUCAGGCACAAAGACUCCAACUACUUGAACUAUGGACCCACUCAACUGUUUGAACUGCUGCCAGUGUCGCGGCGCUCCUUUUUUCACCUUAAGAGAGAACAAACAGCGUUAGGUGUUCAGCAGGACCGAACUGCAGUCAAACUAGGCAGGAGAGACGGAGCACGAGCAGAAAGGAACAGCGAGUAUUUGAAUCAGUGCUUAUCAGGCUUUUCAGCCUGUGUGUGAGUUCACUGCCCUUUAUAAGAUAAACUGUGGAAUUAACUUUGCCUCGUUUUCACAAGCCAUGAACUCAGCUCAGCAGCUGCUCCGCUCUCAUAGAGAACUCUUGCUGAACUGGACCUGCGACCACCCGGCGCCGUUGCUGCGCUGGCUGCGUGAUGCUGAGGUGCUCUCCUCUGCCCAGUACCUGUCUGUGCUGGAGCGGUCGCCCUCCAACGCCGUGGCCCAGGCUCUGGAGACGGCGUGCGCCUCCGAGGAGAGCAGCCACCAGUUCCUGAUGGUGCUGAGGGAGGUGCAGGACUAUUACUGCAGAGAUCUGCAGAACUGGGUGGAAAGACACUGCAAGAGCGAAGCCCUCACUAAGCCGGCGGACGCACCGGUAACAGCGAAAGAAAAGAAAUCUAAAAGUCUAUUUGCAAAACUGCUCAGAGGAAAGAACAAAGGAUAUUCCCCAACGACCAUCGCUGCAGGAGAACUUAAUUCCAGCAGGACUGUGAAGCUGGCCAACAUCCGAGUUCCCCUCUCCGCCCAUAAAACCACCGUCCUCAAACGCACCGAGCAGCUCAGGUGUUACUCUGAGGGGGAGCGCGCGUCGUCCAACUCUGCCUCUCACAUCGAGAUCCGCUACACGGACCUGUUUGUGACCGACGACAGCGACGCGCUCGACGACAAGCAGCACGAGUACUUUGACCUGGCGAGCCGACGCGCUCGCAUCUACGUCCACCAGGCGUGCCAGCGCAUCCGGCCCUGUCAGCUGCUAAGCCAGCGAGCGGCGGCGGGCCGGCGCCCGAGACGGGUCAAAGUGAAGGGCAUCGCCGGCAUCGGGAAGAGCGUGGCCGUGCAGAGGCUGCUCUACGAGUGGGCCGUCGGGAAGAGCAUGCGCGAGUUCACCUGCGUGUUCGACCUGCGCUUCCGAGAACUCAACCUGAUCGAUGCACCGCUCAGCUUCCAGGAGCUGCUCGGGGAGAGGUUCCGGUACCUGAAGGAAAUCCUACCGGACCUUUUGGGCUCACCGAGCUCUUUGCUCUUCAUCUUAGAUGGACUGGACGAGUUCAGGUUCCCCUUAGACUGGAGCAGAGACGGAGCCAACAUUGAUGUGGACUCAAAGGCGUCAGUGUCGGAGUUGAUGGCGGCUUUAAUCAAAGGAAGUCUUCUCCCAAAGGCAUCGGUCAUUCUCACCACGAGACCCUCCACCAAGGCCCCCAAAGGGUUCUUCCAGCGGUGCUGUGUGGUUCUGGGCUUUGAGGAGGCUCAGGUGAAGGAAUACACCGGCAAGUUCUACAAAGACGUCCAAGUGGCUGAAAAAGUCUAUGACUACAUUCUGAACAACGACAACCUUUUCGUGUUGUCCUUCAUUCCCCUUUAUUGCUACAUCAUUUGUACCGCCAUGGCCGAGUUCUUCUCCUCAGGUGAAGGCGCUGGUGGGUCAAAGUCUUUGGAGCUGAACCCGCCCAGAACAGUCAGCGAGGUCUACUUCUGCUACCUGUUCACGGCGGUCAAGCACCAUGCGCUGAGGGGUAAGGCAGAGAGGAGCACUCCCCGACAGGAGGUUCUGUCCUUAGCUAAGCAAUACCUCACGAACCUGGGCAAACUAGCAUACGACAACCUGCUGCAGAAGAAGAUCAUGUUCGACAGACGGGAUCUGGAGAGGUAUGGCGUCACGCUAGCUCACAUUCAGAGCACAUUUCUGUGUCAGAUCCUUCAGCCCCUCAAGGAGGAAACAGUGGAGAUGUUUUCGUUCUUCCACUUGACGGUACAGGAACACCUGGCUGCCCUUUACUGCGCAACCAACCUCCUCAGCCAGCAGGACAUAAUCCAAGCCCUGGACCUGUGGUGCUUCGGGGUCAGUCCGUCAUCCUCCACCGCUUCACCUCUGCAGAACACAGGCCUCAACACAAGGAAGCUGGAAGGUCUGCAGAUGUUCACGCGCUUCUUCAUGGGGACGCUCCGCGCACGGCUGGCGGGCCAGUUGGACGGCCUUUACCUCCCUCUGGGGGAGGGAGAGGACAAACUCCCCCCCGGACUGGGCUUGUGGUUCCAGGAACAGUUUAAGGGCAGGGAGCUGGAAAACCAGACAGCCCUGAACCUCCUCCACUGCCUGAUGGAGUUCCACAGGAAGGAAGCCACCAGCUUGGUGGCACCAGAGAUCAAGAAGCUCAACCUGUUCAAGAUGAAGCUGAGUGUCGUGGACUGCUCAGCGAUACAUUACGUGCUGCAGUUCUCCCCCCACGAGCUGCAGGAGCUCAACUUGGGCUAUUCCAACAUUGGGAACCGAGGACUGAACAGACUGGGGCCAAUCCUACAUCGCUGUGAAUCUCUCUAUUUGAGAUACAACUGUCUGGACAGACAAGCAGCUAUUUUAGAAUCUGCAAUGCUAAGAUCGAGCGAGUGCCGAGUGAAGAAGCUCUUCAUGUGUGGCAAUAACCUGGGCCCAGAGGGAGUUCUGGAGCUGUGGACCGCUCUGGAGCACAACAGCACCGUGGAGGAGCUCUACGUCGACAUUACUGGCAUCACAGAGAGGGGAACAGAGAACAUUGUCCAGUGUCUGAGCAGGAACACGUCUUUGAAGACGCUGACGAUAGUUGGAAACGACAUCGGAGAGACUGGGAGGAGGAGGCUGAAGGAGCUGCAGAAGCGUCGGCCGGGACUGAGGAUCAUUGCAAACUUUGUGGACGACCUGGGGCUGCUCCAGGCCUACCUGGACUGGGUGGAGGAGCUCCAGGCUGACAAGGACCAGUUUGACUCGGUGAGGAACGUGGACGCUCUGCAGUCGGUGCUGAAGGGGCUCCAGGUGGCCGGAGAAAAGGCGGAGAAGGGAAAAAAUGCAGAAAAAGCCAAAGAGUUCUACACAAAGAUCACAGAGCUGCUGACUUCUGCAGAUGUGACUGGAGGAAGAUGACCACAGGUUGUGUUAUGUGUGAGUUAAGGUUCUGGCUCCUUGAGACAUUCUGAUGUUUUUAGCAACUUUUUUUUCCAAAUAAAUAUAAGGAUGUCCUUGUGUUUGUAAUACUAUAAGUUUUAAAGACAUAUUUUAUCUGGAAGUAAAGUUUCUCGCUUUUGGUGGUCGUCGGUUUCAUUAAAGGAGCAUCAUGUACAUUUGAAGUGACUUUAAUGAUUUCCUUCCUUCUUUGAAGCGUCUGUUAGUGUGAGGUUUCAACAUCCAUAUGCAAAAGGCGCCUUGCUUCUUAUGUAGACGUACAUACUUAUAAUUAUAGCACAUCUUACUGACCAUAAUUCAACAAACUGCAAUUCUGGAAUAUCUCCUCUGAUCUGCAUCCAACAUGACGUGUGACAUGUGAAACAUAAACCGCCCUCUAACAGUGAACCCACUGGGUCAUGAGUGAUGGAAGAAAACGGAUAGGAACAAUGUGUGAAUUAUAGAACCAACUUGUUUUGUGCAAGUACCUUUUUCAUAUAUUGUGAACAGGAACUUGACAUUUGAAACUAUAUAAACUGUGAACACAAAAAAUGUGAGAAUAGAGAAAGAAAAACAAACAGCUUUUUAAAUAUUUUUAAUUUGUUCGUAAGACAUUUUGAUGAACCUGCAAAUAACAAUAUACCACACUUGUGCCACAAUUUAUUUUAGCUAUCACUUCCUCUUUUAUUUCUGCUCUCUACAUUUAGACAGUGUCAUCACAGUUGUGCCCUUAAAAUAAAAUAUUUCUGCGACUAACACGCUUCUUCAUGUUGUACGCGAUUCUUGUUUCCUCUGGAGGAACUCUGAGCUGAACAAUAUCUCAUUUUAAAUAGAUCAAUAUCUACAUAACAAAUAAAUUUACACUAUUUCUUGUUAUAAGUUCCAGAUUGUUUUAGAUUUCUGAUAAUGUUGACCACAAAUACCAGGUGGUGGCUUUCUUUAAUUCAAGGGUAACUAUCACUCCUCUGUCUGUAAUGAACAAGACGGUGGAGGUUCUAU